AUGGCCGCCGAGAGGGACUGGUACGCUGACUUAGAGCUACCGGAAACGGCAGACAUUCAAGAGAUCAAGAAGCAAUUCAGGAAGCUUGCGCUAGCACUGAAAUACCACCCCGAUCGAAAUCCCGGACGCGAGGUUGAGGUCAACUCGAAAUUUCAAAUUAUCCAGUCGGCCCAUGAGGUCCUCACCGACCCGCAGCUAAAGGCCAAGUACGACAAUGUCGGCCAGCAGUUCCCGCCUCCUCCGCGCCGUAACACGGCCGCACGGAACGCGACCUCGGGGGCCCAGAGAUGGCAGUCACGCUUCUCCAACGGAGUGCCUCCGACUGCCAAGCAGCAAGCACCGUCUGAUGCGGAGGCCAAGAAGAAUGCUGCCCGGGCAUUUGAGAAUAUGCGCAAAUCUCAAGCGCAGCCUCCACCACCGCCUCCUCGCACCGAGUCUGCGAGACAACGCGCCCAGGCCGCUUUUGGGUCACGAAAGGCCGGGUUCCAGCCCCAUUCGUCUAUGCCAGGCGAUGAACCCCCCGUAUCUGGCCAGAACUAUUACCCGAGGACAGGCACAGAGCAGCCACGAGCGCCUAGCCCACCACCUCGGAAGCCUCAUCCUACCGCCAUGCCUGAUCCCUUGAACCAGUUCAGAGCUCGCGCAGGCUUCGCAGAUUCCCGACAGAGCACGCCGUACUCUUCCCACGGGGACGAGGGUGUCUUCCAGGAACAGGAUUACCGCAGUUCUGGCGCACGCAAAUUUGCAACUCCAAGAAAACCUGUUCCAGGCCGUGGAGCGUCUGGACAAGACGGUGGCGGGCCGCCUCCCAAUGCUGAGAAACAACCUGAUUCCGAGGAGCGCAGCGGCAGCGCCCCCUCCAUGUAUGACGCACCUCACGAUGAGCACCCUUUUCCGCGCUCAGCCUUUGCCACAAAUAGCCGAUUCGUCACCAAAAGCUUGGAUUCGGUUUACGGGCCGUGCGCAGACUUUUAUUCCAAACUGGCUCCCAGUGGAAACCAGGAUGCUCUUCAGUCUCACCCCUCAUUUGAGGUGCAGCAGCACCUUAUGCUCGAUCGCUUGAUCAGCAACAUGGGAACUGGCUUGCAACCGGAAAGAAAGAGAGCCUGCAAUGCUGAACGCCCCCUCAAAGAUCGCACUGCGACGGACUUCGCUGACGAAUUUCGUGAUGUUAGCUUUAAUUUCGCCGUUGGCGAUGAUGCCUUUGAGCCAACGUCUCCUGUGCCCGACCCUAGACGAUCAGCAAAGAGCAGCGUCGACGAUAUCAACACGAGAUUCGUCAACGACGACGGCUCAAGUACAUGGCAAUUCAGCGCCGUGGGCCGUGCCAACCGCCGCUCGCCGCUCAAACGCCAAACUGCGCGGGAGACUGGGCAUACUGAUCAUCAGCCGCAACCGGAGCCCUCGAGCGGUGCAUCGAGUUCGCCUACACGGCCCAGCCGCGCAAACUCUAAGAAAGUGAGGGUCAGGCCGACGGUCGGAAACGCCGCCGUUGUCGAGGAGAGCAGCAGUGAUGGAGAGACGUACGAGUGGCGCGGACGAAACACCCAGGCAAAGCCCGCCGCCGCCGACAGUCCCCAGGCCAUGGACAUUGACUCCCCGCCAUUUGCUCCAGUUGCAUCUUCAACCGAGCCCAGCAGCGUGCGAAACAUACCCGUGGAGCCAUCGCGGCCGGAGUGGCGGCCCGGCAACGUCGAUUCCAUGGCGGGCGAGACCCAGCCUGAGCGGCCCGAGAAGAUUCCCAUCAACGCUAAUGCCGUCGGGUCGGAGGAUAGCGAGGAGUUCAAGGCCAGUUUUGCCGAGUUGAAAAACGUUGCCCCCUUUGCACAACCAGGCUCUGGUCUCAAGUCGCUUGCAGACCUCAAGGACAAUCUACCCUUUGAGAGCCGGGCAUCGGAGGACCUCCCGAUCAAACUGCCCAAGGUCCAGCCUUUGGUGUUUCCGGAACCGCCCGAGGCCCCCCGUUUGCCACCUACCGUUGCUAUUGAAGGCAUGAAGCCGAACGCUGCGUCAUGGGUCAAAUAUCUGGCCGAAUUCGAGAGCUACCUUGAGAAAUGGGACAAGUUCAAUGGCCAGGUGGUGGACCACUUUGCCACCCGCAGGGCUCUCAUCUCUCGAACCAGAAGCUCGAAGGGAUACGCCUUUUUGGGCGCCCGCGGCGACGGCGACGUCCGGGAAUACUUCAACUGGGUGCAGCAGGAUAAUGAUGUGAGACAGCGCUGGAAUGCUUGCUGCGACCAACACGAGAAGCGGCUUGGCGAGUUCAUGACCUUUAGAGAGAAGAUGAAGUGA